CCAUACAAACAUCCCCUUCCUUUUUCAGUUUCUUUUAACCAGUCCCACGCCUCAUCUGAUCCACAACAAAUAAAUACAAACAAACAAAUAUACAUUAUUCAUGAAUACACUGGGGGAUAUUUUUAACACGUUUUAAACCAUAAAAUGUCUAAAUGUCCAACAGUUUAAAAAAUGAGUAUGUUCAGAGUUGUUCAUGUGUGGAGAGCAAUAAGGGAUGCAGUUGUUAGAAACUACUUUUGACUGGUUCAUCGCUGAUGAUUGUGUCAUUGUAAUUAAUAUACAGUGACAAAUGACAGUUAAAAUGAAAUAUAUUAUUUUUGUUUGAUAUUGACAGCUGAUGAGGGAUUAUUUAUGGGUACAAAAUCUUUUUUUCUUUUUUACUUUACUGUACGGAAAUUCUUAAUUAGUAGCUUAAUGUAUACUUUAUCCACUUUAUCACUGAAAUGGUUAAACAAAUCAAGCGUAAAAUAUAAAUACAUGUAUAUACUACAUGAUACAAACAUUAUUUGACUAUUAACAUUUUUUUUAUUACAUAUUGUUCCUGAAAUCCUCCCUGAAUCCACCCCUUUGCUGGGAUCAGGAUAAUCCUGAUUUUUUUUUUUGGAUAACAGGUACCCCAAUCCUACUAAAACGUUUUGAACAACACAUACUGGAGAUUUGAUCCAGAUCAAAAGAUUGGAUUACAUGAUCUAAUCUGAUUUCAGAAUCCUUUUUUUCUUUCGAAGAAACUGAUCCAAUCCGAUAGUCAAAAUCCGAUCAGAUUACUUCUGAACAACUGGACCCUGUUGUGUUUUAGUGUAGCCAGUCCACAUACUGGCAAGUUUUUGGACAGUAGGAGGAAACAGGAGAACCCUGAGAAAACCCACACUGACAUGGGGAGAAGACAGUACAUAACACAGACAGUAACACGAACUCAGGACCAGGGAAAUGCCAUUGUGCUGCCCCUAAAUGCAUAUUAUAACAAUGAAACAGAUUUAUUAAGGAAUAAUUUGACUGUUAUCCAGGCUAACACAGUAAGUGGCCACACAGUGACCCAGGCCCACCUGCGUCAAGUCAAGCUCCGCCCCUGGACCCCUUCAAUCCUAUUACCUAACCAGCCUCCUCGUGAACUGAGUAAAUGCUAGCGCUUUGAGUUCUGUCAGGAGUCAGGAAUGGAGGCACAGACGGGGCGAAACACAGGUUUUUCAGACAAGCCGAGCAUGAACACGGAUAGCGGGAGGCUGGGCUUCUGCGGCGCCGUGUUCAUCAUGCUGAAGUCCGCUCUGGGUGCAGGACUGCUCAACUUCCCCUGGGCUUUCUCCCGAGCUGGGGGAGUUCACUCUGCAGUCACAGUGGAGAUGUUUUCUCUCAUAUUCCUCGUUAGUGGACUGGUAAUCCUGGGCUACUCAUCCUCCAUCAGUGGCCAGAGCACAUACCAGGCUGUGGUGGGGCACCUCUGUGGGCCUGCUAUAGGCAAACUGUGUGAACUUUGCUUCGUCUUCAAUGUCUUCAUGAUCUGCGUGGCUUUUCUGGUUAUAUUGGCAGACCAGCUUAAAAAAUUGAGUCUUUCCAUAUAUGAGCUAAUCACAGGUUCAACUGGGAAUGAGAUGCCUCAUCAUUGGUACACAGAUCAGAGGUUUAUGCUUUUCCUCGUGUGUCUCUUUGCCAUCCUUCCUCUAUCAAUUCCUAAAGAGAUUUGGAUACAGAAGUAUACCAGCGCAUUAGGCACUGUAGCUGCCACCUAUUUGACUGUAGCCAUUGUUGUAAGAUAUUACACAAGAGCAGUCCCCGAGGGCCACCUGUCUCCUUUAUACAACAGUGGGAUGGGCUUUUGGGCUUCCAUAUUCAGCGUCAUCCCCACAAUCUGCUUUGGAUUUCAGUGUCAUGAGUGCUGUGUUGCCAUCUACAGCAGUUUGGAGAAUAAGAAGCUCUCCAACUGGGUCAUAAUCUCAUUAUUGUCUAUGUUCAUCUGCCUUGUUGUCUACACCCUAACUGGUAUCUAUGGGUAUCUCACCUUUGGGAGGAAUGUUGCUGCUGAUGUUCUGAUGUCAUACAGUGGAGAUGAUGUCCUUAUGAUCAUUGCAAGGUUACUCUUUGGGGUCUCCAUUAUCACCAUCUACCCCAUUGCUCUUUUACUUGGAAGAUUGGUGAUUCAGGAUCCAUUUCUGCGGCACAGAGUGACUGAGUCUUAUGAGACCUGCAUCAGAGUUGCCUUGACUGCAGUGUGGAUCAUCAUCACUCUCCUCAUUGCUCUGUUUGUUCCAGACAUCAGCAAAGUCAUCAGCAUUAUUGGUGGCAUUAGUGCAUUCUUCAUCUUUGUCUUCCCAGGGCUUUGUUUGAUAUUUGCUAUGCAAUCUCAGCCAAUGUCAGCAAGACUAAGGUGGAUUUUAAUUGCUUGGGGAAUGAUCACAGUUUUAUGUGGCACAUUCAUUUUUGGGCAGAGUACUUUCUUUUCCAUUAUGCAGGUCUUUCAUAAGCUAUGAUUCUUGUCAUCAUUCAAAACUCUACCUCUAAACAGAACUCUUCUGUUUUCAACAGAAUGAAUGUACCUGAUUUUACAAAAUAUUGCUGGGAAAUCCAUGAAUAUGUUAAUACAUGUUGGUAUGUCAUCUUUUUAUGCUAAGUUUUUAUGGUGUUCAAAAUUGUUAGUAAUCAUUUGAAACAUUUUAUUUAGGCCUUCAGAUCAGUUCUGAUCUGAGCGUCUCUUUGGAAAAGUUACAUAUCUAGCCUUAGUCUUAUCAGUAAAUAUCAUUGCUAUUUUUUUUUUUUUUACCCUUAUUGAGACUUUAACUUCCCUAUUGUUCCAAAUUUCUUUUAAUAAUAGUGUUUUGACUUGUGAAGUUAAGGCAGUGUACUCCUUGAUGAUUUCACUGUUCAGCAAUACGAGAGGUCCAUAUAAAAUAAAAAUAUAUAAAAUAUGUAAAAUAAAAAUUAGGCUUUGGAGCAUCUGUGACCCUGACUAAGAUAGGUGAAUGAAUGAAUGAAUGAAUGAAUGAAUGAAAAUACACACUGGCAGGCAAAUGUUUUCUUUAUUGCAGUUUAAUCACUAUUAUUACCACAGACUAUCAAAUUAUCAGAUUUAUUAUACAGAUUAUCAAAAGAUACAGAAUAGCAAUAUUCUGAUAGCGUUCAAAUCUUAAUGGAACUCUAAAUGAGUGCUUUAUUUAAGGCAGGUGCACUUGAAGUAUAAUCUUUUUAAAUGCUAGCAUUAACUGUAAAACUUAAAUAUGUGGUGUGCUAUGAGAACCAAAUAAAUAAUUUGGCCUUUCCAAUUAGCUCUAGAUUGUUCCAAUAAAAGUCACUAUAACAUUUCUCAAUUUACUAAGCAUUUCUUGAUUGACUUA